AUGGCUGCCCCGGAUAACAAGCAGGGCUUUCUCUCCAAUCUAUCCCCAUGGCCUUCACGCGCCGGCACUCCCAAGCCCCCGGCGACAUCCAAGGCCGAGGGGAGUGCGGACAAGGCGAAGAAGGCUGAGCAGGAGAAGGAGAAGGAUAGAGCUGCGGCAGUACUUGCUCCCCAGCAAGGAGGGGAUCAUGUGAUUGAUCGGAGGUACAGGCUGAGUCUCAAGCGGUACCCCAAGGACUGUCCUCCGCUGGCCGUAAGGUGGUUUCAUGCUAUAGAUACGCCCAAGCGCAAACCCCUCUCGAAACAUGCCAUGGCCCCAGACACGGCCCUGCCCAAACCCAAGAAAUGGAUACCCUUCGGCGCCAGCGACUCUCGCGCCAUCGAGGCCGCCUUCCAGAAGACUGCCGACGAAGCCGAUGCCGACGAACUGCGAAAGGGCAUCAUCAGCCCUACGACGCCCACCCAAGCAAGCGCGACUCCUCCCAAAACCACAAAGGUGCCUGUCAACGAAGACUACCUGUUCGAUGUCGAGAUCGAGACACGCGAGCUGGCGCCAUCAUACUGGCUGGGUCCGGUAUACGAUGUGAAGCGAGGGACCUGGUUCACACCGGAUGGAGAGGCCGUCGAUGAAGGUCUAGCCAUGCAGCUCGAGGAAGGCUACCUGAAAGUCAAGCCAUGGAAGUUCGGGAAGCCGGAAGAGAAGCGAGCAGUAUCGCAACCCCGCGCUCGGCCGCUCUCCAUGGGCCCAAAUGCUGGCGAGGACCACCGCAAGGAGCUGGCCAGGCUGCAUCGCGAUUCGACAUCCAACCCAGUCACGCCCAAGUCGUCGUAUGAUAAUCUACAGAAAGAGGCUUCAAAACAGUCCAACGAUUCCAACCCCAGCGAUGCAUCUACAACCUCCAAUGCGCCCGCCGAUCUACCGCGCACACACCGACUGUUCGGCGCACAUCUGAACUCCACCGUUACCUAUCAAGACGAGACGACAGCCUGGAUGCUGACUGAUGACAUGUGGUCGCGCAUGGGCAGUACCCUGUAUCAGCGCUUCGCUGGAGGAGCACAUUAUGCUGGGUACAAAUACAUCCGAGGGUACACCGAUCCCAAAGAAAAGAAAAAACAACCGACCCCAGGGAAGGGCCCUCAAAGCGCAAAACAGGAAGAUCGACCGGCUACACCCGCCCUGGCAUAUGGCUCAGAUCACGGCAAGCAGUCGGACUCUGAUGCUGAUGGAGAAACUUCUGAACACGAGCGAAGCAUGUCGCCUUCCCAAACGCGUAGGCGCAAUCUCGAACGACAGGUCUCGUCACUGAUGACUUCCUCGAAACCAGAAUAUGAGCAACAACAAGAAGAGGAAAUGCGAAAGCGUGAGGAGAAAGAGAUGCGUGAAGACUACAAAACCCAGCAUGGCAGUGACCAAGACCGUGAUAUUGAGCAUCUGCUCCUAGUAACACAUGGCAUUGGACAACGUCUCGGAAUGCGAAUGGAGUCUAUCAACUUCAUCCACGACGUCAACACGUUGCGCAAGUCCCUCAAGUCUGUCUACUCAGCUUCGCCGGACCUGCAAGCCCUGAAUGCGGAAACGGACUCAGAGACAAAGAACAAUCGCAUACAAGUCAUCCCCAUCAUUUGGCGGCAUUUAUUGGACUUCCCUAAGCAAAGCUUGAAGCAUAACCGCAAAGAACACGACCUAGGCGAUCUCGACCACGAAGAUGAAGAGUAUCCUAAUCUCGAGGACAUAACCGUUGAAGGCGUUCCCGCUGUUCGCAAUUUUCUUACUGAUCUCGCGCUUGACAUCUUGCUGUAUCAAAGCCCCGCUUACAAGGGCCAUAUCUCUCGCAUCGUUCUAAACCGCACCUACCGCCUAUUCAAGGAGCGCAACCCAUCUUUCAAAGGCAAAGUGAGCUUAGUUGGGCACUCGCUCGGGUCUGCCAUCAUGUUCGAUAUCUUGUGCAUCCAAAAAGACCCAAAAGCCAAACCAAGCACACAAUCGGCCAAACAGCGAAGAUCUACCGAAGAAGGCCUGAAGCUGGACUUUGAGGUGGAGGACUUCUAUGCUCUUGGAUCGCCCAUUGGCCUGUUCCAGAUGCUCAAAGGACGUACCAUUGUUGGACGACCGCAAAAUUCUACCACUGGAUUCGUUCCACCAAAGACGCCUGCGACAUCGAUUGAUGACCCGUUCUCACAGGGUGGAGACGAGCAUGCGUUCGACAUUACGACUUCCUCGCCUCUCUGCAAACAGGUCUUCAACAUCUUCCAUCCGACCGACCCGAUCAGUUAUCGCAUCGAGCCGUUGAUAUCGCCAGCGAUGUCAGCCCUUAAGGCUCAGCCUCUACCUUAUACCAAAAAGGGCAUCUUCGGUGCGCCUGCAUCGCAAGGCUUUACUGGUAUUGGACAGCGCGUUGGCCAGGGUGUGACAGACUUUUGGACUUCUCUAGGGUCUGGUAUCGCCAGUGGACUACUCAACCGCAGUCUCGGCAUAUCAGGAACCGAGAUGACAGGCGCAGGCAGCAAUACACAAGGACAGCGCACCUCUCGACCCCUCACCGCCGCGGCACCCGCCCCAAAUAGCGCUGUCAAUCUCGUGCCAGGACUUAACGAGCCUACCAGUGCCUUCAUAAGCGAAGAGCGUCGCCGCCGCCUUGGACAAGAAACCAUUGCCGAGGGCACAGAUGGCGAACACCCUCCCACCCUCAUCGAAGGGGACAUAGAAACACUCUUUGCUGGUUUCCAAAAGCGAAGAGCGAGCCAACAAAGCGAAGACGGCGAGCGAGACGUAGAGAAGGAUCUCGAAUGGCAAGAGCUCGAAGAACGAAGUCGCAAACUUAAGAAGGAGGAAGCCAAAGUCCGGGCGCUGAACAGUAACGGUCGCGUGGAUUACAGUAUUCAAGAAGGCGCUUUUGACAUCUCGCUGCUGGCGAGCAUAGCGAGUCACAUGACAUAUUGGGCUGACGAAGAUGUUUCGCAUUUCAUGAUAUCGCAACUUUUGGCGAGGCAUCGUGUUUUUAAGCCGAAGGAGUGA